AUGAAGGUCUCUAUCUCUCUCAUUGUUGCUACCCUAGCCGCUAGUGUUUUCGCGGACUUACACUACACUGGUAUCUGUGUUGACAAUCCUGCCAAGGGUGUGACUGUUUAUAACAAACAAGCGACGGAGAAGGCAUGCGCGGCAUAUAAGAACCGCAACACGGGAGAUGCACAGUGGGACAGAUGUCCGGACUGUACACUCAAGAGCGAUCACGACAUUCUCUUUUAUUGCCAGACGGUGGCUCAGCACAUCGGGGGAGAUGAGUUGGAAUAUUACUGCAAGCAGAAUGGGGCGAGCAGCAGUGUAGCUUGGUGA